AUGUGUACUGCAGCUGGUCAAAUUUUCAGCGCCCUAUUGAGACAAAGUUUGCUCCUGCGUAAUGUGUACGCGGUCAGGUCGAUAUCAGAACCGAGAUCCCAAUCAGAAUCCCGCGCCCUGAGCACGGAUUCUGGAGCAGCCGUUACAAGGGCUUCUCCUGCAGGGCCAGGAACCCCCACUGUAACCGCUGCCCUAGCUCAAAUAUCGAAUCCAAAAACCGUGAGUGAUUACAAAGAGCUGUACGAAACCACAAAAAAGAAGUUUCAAUCCAAAAAGCUACCCGUGGAUGUACAUCCAGAUGCUGUGUUCGCGUGCAACGAGCUGGACCUCAGCGAGGUACAGGUGUAUGGGUUCGACUAUGACUACACCCUGGCCUGCUACAAGCCCAUUCUGGAAGAUCUUCUGUACAAUUUGGCUAGGGAGAUGCUGGUGAAGCGUUUCAGGUAUCCCGAGGAAAUUUUGGAUCUGGAAUACGAGCCGAACUUCGCUGUGCGCGGGCUGCACUAUGAUGUGGAGAAGGGGCUGUUGGUCAAGCUGGACUCGUUCCUGCAGCUGCAGCUGGGCUCCGUCUACCGGGGGCGAACAAAAGUCGGGGCCGACGAGGUGCUCAAUUUAUAUCACAACCGGCUCCUGCCCAUUGCCUAUGUCGAAGGGCCAAACAAUAGCUAUAGGCACAAUACCAACUCGAAGAUGGUUCAGCUGGCUGAUCUGUUUUCGGUACCUGAAAUGUGCCUCCUGUGCAAUGUAAUCGAAUAUUUCGAGCGUAAUCGCAUCGACUACAACCCCGAGAUAGUUUUCCAUGACACACGAACUGCCAUGGGCUCUUGCCAUCCCAUCAUGCAUGGCAAAGUAAUGGUAAACACCGCCAAGUACAUUGAACGCAAUCCCAAGCUGGUCAAGUUCUUUGAAAAACUGCAGAAUGCCGGAAAGAAUCUCUUUUUGGUCACCAACAGUCCGUUCUCCUUUGUGAACUGCGGCAUGACAUUUCUUGUGGGCGCCAAUUGGAGAGAUUUCUUCGAUGUGGUUAUUGUGCAGGCGCGCAAGCCCAAGUUCUUCACCGACGAAUCUCGGCCCAUUAGGCUCUUUGAUGAGAAGACGAGAUCCCAUCUGUGGGAUCGUGUCUUUAAUUUGGAAAAGGGAAAAAUAUAUUACGAAGGCUCUGUGCGACAGCUGCAGGAACUGAAGGGCUGGCGCGGUCAUUCGGUGCUUUAUUUUGGCGAUCAUCCGUACAGUGACCUGGCGGACGUCACUCUGAAGCACAGCUGGCGGACAGGUGCAAUCAUCAGUGAGCUAGCGCAUGAAAUCAAGACCCUUAACCGAGAGGACUUCAAGAUGAGCGCCAACUGGCUUCAGAUGCUGACGCAGCUUAUCGAGGAGACACAGGACGACGAGAGUGAGCCCGCCCAGGCUUGCCUGCGCGAAUGGAUGGAGGAGCGGGAUCAGUUGCGCAACAAAACGAAGAACGUGUUCAACGAGCAGUUCGGGAGUGUGUUCCGCACGUACCACAAUCCAACGUACUUCUCGAGGCGGCUGUUCCGAUUUGCCGACAUCUACACAAGUGACAUAACCAACUUGCUCAAGUUCUCGACCACGCAUACGUUUUAUCCGCGUCGUGGCGUGAUGCCCCACGAAUAUGCCUCGCACUUUAUUUAGAUGUCAGGAUGUUUAGUUUUUGUAAUCGUAGGACAAAAAGUGCCAGUGCUGAAGCAUGCUUGUAGCUCGAAACUAGUUGAAUUUAUAUUGUGUAUAGCGUUAUUUACAUUGUUGCUCAAUUAAAUCGUUGUAAAAGUUAUUGAA